AUCGCGACUGUGCAAGUCGUUGGUUUUUCAGUCUACGCAUACGCAUCAACAGCACCAGCAUGUCCGGACGCGGCAAAGGUGGCAAGGCGAAGGGCAAGAGCAAGACGCGUUCCAGCCGCGCGGGUCUCCAGUUCCCCGUGGGCCGUAUCCACCGUCUCCUGCGCAAGGGAAACUACGCCGAGCGCGUCGGAGCGGGCGCUCCCGUCUACCUCGCGGCCGUCCUCGAGUACCUGGCUGCCGAAGUGCUCGAGCUCGCUGGCAAUGCGGCUCGUGACAACAAGAAGACCAGGAUCAUCCCCCGCCACCUGCAGCUCGCCAUCCGCAACGACGAGGAGCUGAACAAGCUGCUCUCCGGCGUGACGAUCGCGCAGGGCGGCGUCUUGCCCAACAUCCAAGCUGUGCUUCUCCCAAAGAAGACCGAGCAGAAUGCAUUCGGCUUUCCGACACUCCAGAAGGACGUGGAGGACGGUGAGCCUCUCCCCGCAUCUACCACAGGUUGGAGGAUCGUGUAG